CCAUGGCGCUAGCUUGACUUGAGUUGAGAGAUGUGUGACCCUGGCAUGGGCCUGGCGGAUGGCUCACGAGCCCAGGCAGGGGCAGACGUGACUGGCAGUUUGAUGCGCGAUUUCUGGCCUGUCAAGUCGUCACAGACUCACACAACUCCAGCUCGUGCAUGCUGAUGAAGAACUGUUCGAUCUGUGCGUGCGUGACCGAUUCGGCGAUUGUUUCGUUUACGAUAAAAUAUCGGCGUGUAGAAAAAACAGGGAAGUGCGCAGUGUGGGAGCUCAAGUCAAGGGGGGUUUGUAGCAGUAGGCCCUGUCCCCUUUCGUUGCCGACGAGUACUGAGUUCGUGCAGUUGAGUUGAACUAACUGAAUGAUCUUCAUUGAUGUUUGUUGUAGAAUGCUAGAUGAUGCAGGCCAUGCUGUUCACGCACCACUAGUAGUACUGCUGUGGUACUGAUUCCUCUGAUUAGUGUAGAGUGUAGCCUUCAGUCCACCCUUGCCUUGGGAGACUGGAUGAAUUACUGAAUCACUUACUUCACUUCCAGCUUGUGAAGCUGUGGUGUGCGGGGGGAGUGGGGAUAGGUAGCGCUGCAGUUGUUGACCAUUAUUGUCGCUAGGACACGAAGAUGCGCACUUCAUCGCAAGUACCUUCACCGAUAGCACGCUACCUGUCUAUGCAACGACGUAGCGUCCGACGUCUGAGCUGACCUGCUGUGAAGGUAAUACCAGUGGUCGUAUUAUUUUUUUACUUCGCCUGUCGCCUCAACGACCAAACACAGCGAACGACUGCCAGUCACCAAGCACUGUCUGCAAACGGGGCAGCGUGCCUUUGCUUGUUUUCAGGACGUUCAGUGAGCUAUCGUGACGUACUUGUACGCCUAGCGUGUGCUUGUGUUCAUGCAUCGUCGUUCUCCCUCUCGAGUGGCUGGUCGGGAGAGGCUCGUCUGAGAUUUCGUCCGUGACAAGUGCCAGUGUUACUAGCGCAGCAGUGGAAAGUACUGAUUUUUGUUCUCUCUGUUUCACCGCCACGCGUCCUGUCUUUACUGGAUGAAAUCUACACCGAACGCGUGCAGCUGCGGGCCCGUGUUGUCUUGUUGCCGUUGUCCUUUGCUGCUUCGCUAGCUGUUCUAUUGCAUCUGUACCUGACUGGCUCUUGCCGAGCCCGCUGGAAAGAUGUUGGGCAGAGGCGGUGGUGAUAUUUGCGCGGACUGCAGCGCCCCAGGUCCGCAAUGGGCAUCUCUGAACCGUGGUAUUGUGAUAUGCGACGACUGCUGCAGCGUCCACCGCAGCCUUGGCCGGCACAUCAGCCAAGUGCGUCCCAUACAGAGCAGCAUGAUGUACUGGCCACCGUCGUUGCAGGAGAUGUUUGAGAACUUGGUAAGCAAGGGAGCUAAUUCAAUAUGGGAGCAUUCGCUGAAGGAUUCGCGCGUCGGCACGCGCAAGCCGAACCCCAAAGACAAAAUCGAUCGCGUGAAGAGCAAGUUCAUCCAGGCGAAGCAUAGCAAGCUGGCGUUCAUGAAUCGACCACCGGUCAAGGACAGCGACGAGAAUGCAAUACUGGACUUGAGCUAUCAACUGCAUGCGUCGGUUAGAGGGAAUAACCUGGAGACGGUGCUGAGGUUUCUGGCGCUGGGAGCUAAGCCAAACUUCCAACACCCGGAGCGAGGGAACAUGCCACUACACGUGGCAGCAUCGGCUGGUCAGCAGCUGCAGUGCGAAUUGCUGGUCGUGUAUGGUGCUAACCCGUGCGCCCUGGAUAGCCGAGGGCACACACCCGUGGAAUGUGCAAGAAUCGCUGGCUAUCAUGAAACGGCGGAUCGGCUAAUCGAAUGUCAGUAUGAGCUGACGGAUCGUCUGGCAUCGUAUGUGUGUGGACGUCGCCCGGUCCACGUGUCAGGAGAGCAUCAUAUUCUUCCAGCGCUGCCGGGAAGUACGGAUGUGUCAGAACACGCUAUCGAAGCACGCUAUCGACUGCGCAAUUUGUCGAAUUCUUUCUUUGAAGAGCUGGCAGCGGACGUGUAUGAUGAAGUGGACCGCCGAGAAACAGAGCAAGUAUGGCUGGAAACGCAUCAGUCAGUUGUCAUGGGAACUGGACAAGUGUCCAUUCCCUUCUUGCCGUUCAAUUCAUCGUACUCAGCAACUCGCUUUCAGGGUCGUCAAAAGCUCGCCACAUUCAACUCCCGUGACUUUGCCACUCUGAUCAUUGAUAUUCUGACCGACGCUAAGCGAAGACAGAUGGAGAGCAUGGAGAAAAGUACCGUCGAGGGCAACCUUGUACCGAUCGACGGCCUGGAAGUCAUCCAACAGCAGCACCUCGAGGAGAUGAGAGAAAUGCAACGGCAGCACGAGAAGGAAGCGGCAGCAUCAACCGAUGGAGCAGGAAUGGAUCCAGCGAAUAGAAAUGAUCACAAUGAAGUCGAUGGUCCCAGUGAUGGUGGUGAAACGCCCAUGAAUUCAAAAUCGCCGCCGGGGCAUGAUAUCUAUGAUCAAGUGCAACAUGACUAUGAUGAGGUGUCUUUUGAGGCUGGAAAGAUCAAGUUUUCGUCUGUAGAAAAACAGAAGAAUAAGGCUAACAGGGAUGUGCCUGAUGGAUCGAGUCCUGACAAGCCACCCGUGGCGCCGAAACCCUCCAUGAAGCUGGCGCGUACGCGUGAUGCCGAGGUGCAGACACCGCUACCAGCGCUGAUGGAGUUGGACGGACCACAGUCAGGUGCUUCUCAGGAUACACCAUCAACAUCCUCGGCAAAGACGAGCGACAACGCAUCGAGCGCUGAUACGAAGGAUAGAGUACUAAAGGAAGCUGAGUAUCGUAUAGAGCAGCUGUUGCAGCUAAACUCCGGCAUGGGAGAGGAGAUACGGCUGCUGCAAGCCAUGGUCCAGAAGCUGAUGCAGGAGAACAGCAUGCUACGCACCAUGCAGCAGGGACGCGGCAGCAUCAGCAGUAACAUGUCUGGCACGAGCAGCCCACGCGCACAGCAGGACAUGUACACAACGCAUCACAGCCUGUCCCAGUCGGGCUUUGCCGCUGCAAGCGCUGCCGCCUCACUCUCACAGAAGACAGGUGGUGGUGGCGGAGGAGGAGGCCAUCGGUUUGUGUCCAGCAAAUCUGUACCAGAGCCGUUCACCAAGCCGAUCACUCCCUUCGCAAAGAGUAGUUCGCUGGCCGAACCACCGCCGAUCCCGGAGAAGAAGCUUCCGCGUCGACAACAUGGCCAAGGCGAGCGCUCGUUGUCAACCUCAGCCGUUGUGAACAGUCCCACUUCGCCUACAAGCCCCGGUGCUGUCUUUCACCCGAGCGGCACUCAAUUCCCUGCAACCACAUCGUCGUCAGCGGCGGCAGCUAGCAGUGGACUGGCUAUGACGGACGUCACACGGCAGACUGAUGACACGCCACAGAGAUCGCCGCAGACAGGCCGUGCAUCACCUACAGUAGCACCAAGGCAUCACGGCGGUGGCAGUGGACGUGGCUCGCCGCUAGCCGCAUCACGCUCUUCGCCCAUUGCACGGAAUGGCCAGGACAAGGAGAGAGGCGACUCGCCGAAAGACGACCAGCCACGUAGCACAACCGUGAAUGGCUCCCCGACAACAGCACCGAAGGAACCACCCAAACUACCGCCGAAGAAGCGGCGCGCACAGAGCGUCUACGACGUUGGAGCAUCAGCAACAGCAGGAGGAGGUGGUGGUGGCGCAGGCAACGGCGGAGGAGGUGGUACGUCAAUGGCUACACCAACCGGCAGUUCUACACUGAACUACCACCGCGCCAGUACGUUUGACGUAGCAUCAGCUGACGACAAGACACGUAUUGCGGCCACGCUGGGCUCAUCCAACGGUCUUGGACGCUCAUCUCUGAUCAUCUCACCAGGGGCAAAGAACUCCAGCACGUCCAACGCACCCAGAUCGAACGCCAUCAAUCGCUACACUAACGAGCAGUCUGGGUACACUAGCGGUGGCUCACCAGCGAUGCGUCGCCCGCCCAAGACAUCGCUCACCAGCACGGGCUCGACAUCGACCAGCGAUGGUACAUCGGUGGACGGUGGUGGUGGCAACAGUACAGGUACCAAUCGUGGCAAGAAGACCAAAGAGCAAGAUUUGGUUGUUCAGCAGACCGAACAGAUCACCAAACGCAUUCAGGACCUGCUGAGAACGGCCAAGAGCCAGGAGUUGACAAAGUUUAUUGCCUGCUCAAGGAAAAUUGCUGCAGCUGUGAAUGACAUGGCUGCCCUCUUCCCCAAUCGACCUGAUUCAGACUCUGUACGCAUGUCACUCGCAUCGCUAGUCAGCAGUGCAGCUAGACUGAAGGAGGAGUGUCGCGUCGGAAAUCAACUCUCCAUUACCAUUCGCCGGGACAACUCCGGAAAGAUUGUGCCCGCAGACGAGGAAAAGGUUCGAACAGUGACACAGCAAGUCAUCCAGUGCGCCUAUGACAUAGCCCGGGCUGCCAGAGAGCUGGUGCAACACGUCGAAGAGACAUUGUUACGCGGCGGCACGGAUCCAGAUUCAUCCAACUGACCCCGGCACGUUGCUGCUGAUUCAGUGUGGUCGCUAUGUAGGCCGCCCGUGCCUCUCAGCAAGGUCACAUGGGUUCUAGUUUGAUUGCGAUUGCUGAUCUUCUCCGUACCGCUGAUACAAGCUUGGAAGUGUGAUCCUUGAGCGUGCCUUGAGCGUGCACUCGCGCAUGACAAUGAUGACUGUCUCAUUAUGGCAACAUAUCCCAUUAUAAUACCAUUAUGGUCCAAUGAUGGCGAUUAUAGAAUAAGAGAUGGGGUCCGAGCCACAGCUGAUUCCUGCGAGAGCCUAUGAUGGAGUCUGAGCCACAGCUGAUUCCUGCCAUGCGUCUUGUUGACCGAGCAAGUUAGUUGUGCUGUCUUUGACCGUGCCCAGUUCUCUGAACAUCCAAACUGAGAUAUCCCAUCAUCGUGCUACGACCGCCAGAGAUUUGCAGUCCUGUACAUUGUAGACCCUGUAGCUACAUUCGGCGGUAAUCUGGAGAAGGUAGCAGAUCACUGCUGGUAGACCACUCACACAGAUUGCAUUAAUUUUAGUGUGGUCCCAACACUCGUUAUUGAGACAACCUCUGACCCAGUCAGUCCUGUAAAGACGACUUUUCCCUCUAAUUGUUGUACCUGUUGUUGUCCAAAUAGAUGCUAUUCACCACUAUGGCCGCACAUGCAUUGUGCCGCUGUCAGUUGAGUGUAGCUUAUCACUGCCACGUGGACAUGUGGAUGUUGCCCGGCGGCGUGCUGCGGCUGGCUUCCUUGUGUUUCAGUUCAGUUGAGUGCUGUUUUAGUGCAGCAUUGCCAUGCAUCAUAGUACUGCCUCUUGUUUGCGUGCUCUGUCUUGAUUGAAGGUGGCGAAGAGUCCUGCUCACUGGCUCUCGUUCGGUUUUGUCGGCAAAUUUCUCCCGACCUCAAUGUACUUUUGCCCGUCCCAUUAUUCAUAAUCCCCCCCCCCUUUUUUUAAUGGCUUUUCUAGCACUGGUGUGUGGUAUUUGUCGUGUGUCGACGGCAACCAGCUCACUUGCCAAGCCGCAGUCUCAUGUCCAGUGCCGUGUAUCUAUAGCUUCAUUAUCUUCAAAUUUACAAAUUCACCCUCAGUCAAAG